AUGAGUUCCGGCCCAGAGCGUGGUGAGGAACGGAGUGCGGCCAGCUCUCCGGGCCCUCUGGGGCCCUCCGGCCUCCGGCAGGUGGGUGAGCUGGGGGGCCCGGGGACAGGCCGCGGCCUCUUCCCUGCAGACAUCCGGAGCUCCCGCUGCGACUGCCCACUGGCUGGCCCUGCCUGUGAAGGACCUGCGAGCCUCUUCCCCUGGCUGGAUGACCUGAUGGCGGCGGCGACCUGUCGGAUCCCGGCCCCCAGACCCCGCGGGCGGCCGGGUCUCGGGGUCCAGUCCUGUUCGUCCCAGCCGAAGCCGCCGCAGAGCUCGUGGCGCCUUUGGGUGGCGGCGGGCAUGGCGGGGCGAGAAGAAUGGCGGCCACCCGGACAACGCGGAGGCCGGCAGGGGCUUCGAGGGCCCUCGGUGGAGAGUGGACGCGCCAAAGCUCGGCCGCGCGUUGGACAGAGGAGCCGCGCAGACGAGGGCCCUCCGCGACCGCGCGGGGCGGCUCCUCGAGACCGCGCCCGGUCAGGAUGGGCGAACAAAGGCCUUAACCGUCCCGGAAGUUUCAGCUUUGCAACCAUACUCCCCCCGGAACCCAAAGACUUUGGUUUCCCGGAAGCUGCCCGGCGGGUCAUGGGAAUAACGCCGCCGCAUCGCCAGUCGGCAUCGUUUAUGGUCGGAACUACGACGCGUCGGGCGGCCGGGCAGGCCGGGAGCGAGCGGGAGGGAGAACGCUCCCUCGAGUGCGCAGAGGGGGCCCCGGCGGGAGCGGCAGGGGCGGCGGAGGCGACCGCGGGAAGGACGGCGGCGGGGAGGGGGGGCGGCUCGGAGGGAUCCGGAGACCCGACCGACCGCGACGACCCCGUCGUCCCCGACGUUCCCCGCCCGCCCGUGCGGCGAGGUGGACCCAUUCCGCCCGCCCGGCGGGCCCGGGCGGCAGACCGAGGCGUGCGCGAGGCGGCGUGGAGCCGGCGAGGGGUGGGGGCGCGGCCGCACCCCCCCCCCGCGAAGGAGCAGCGGGCCACCGACGGGCGCGCGAGGGGGGCCCCGGGCGCGAGACCGGACCCGCCGGUCGCAACCGUGCGGCCACCGCGGGGAACCCGACACGAGGCGGCGCGCGCGAGACGGAGACGAGCCCCCUCGCCACCUCUUCCCCCCCCCCCGGGCCUCCCGGGGACGGCGCGGCGCGCGGCCGGGGGCGACUCCACGCGACGGACCGGCCGCGGGCCGGACGCGCACCCGGGUGCGAGAACCCUCGCGCGGCACCGGACGGGUGACCCGCGCAUCGCGGUGGGGGAACGGACACGGCGUCCCCCCCCCGAGCGCCGACACACAACGACGCCAUCGCCAGCGGAAAAGCGGCGGCGGACCGGAGACGGGGCCGCGUCGGGCCCCCCGCGGCAGCGCACGCGGGAGGGGACGACAGAGCAGGCGGGUCCGGGUCAGAGAGACCAGGCGGGGCCCGCCCGGCAGCGCGAGACAGCGGCACCCGGGGGCGUGAGGAGCGGCACCAGAAGGGCGGCGGACGCGGGAGGGCACCCGCCCACCCCGCCGAGGAACCCCGACCCGGGGGAACCAGCCACCGCGGGCGCACCGGCCGACCGAACCCAGGGCAGCACACGGGGUCUCACCGCCAGCACCCGCCAGGCGCAGUGGCGGUCCCGCGUGGCCCGGGACGAGCCGGCCGGGGCCCCUCGGGAACAGCACCGGAACGAGCAUCCCCAGGGACAACCGCCCAUCCAGCGUGCCCACCGCCACACCCGAGACGAGCCCGGGAGGGGGCGGCAGCGCGUCCGCGACGGGUCACCAGGGGAGGAUCGGCGGCAGCGAGGAGAGGGGCAACCCACGCCGAGAUGGAGGGCCCACCAGAGGCGGAGGGGGCAGGGACACGCAGAGAGAGAACCGGGGAGACCUCGGGGCAGAGUCGGGCCGCCAGGAAAACACGCGGGGUCCCACCGCCACACGCGAGGGCGGUCCCGCACCGCCUGCGACGCCGACCCGGCCCUCCGGUCCAAACCCCGGAGCCUCCCACGAGACCCGCCACCCCACCACCACAGGCGGUCCCCUCCACGCGACAAGACGCCUGGCCUCCGAACGCCAGCGGGUGACACCAACCUCGGGCCGGGCGAGGCCCACAACCCGGGAUUCUCCAGCUCCGGGAACCGCUCACUCGCCGCCGCCCCCCCCCCCGCGGGACGCCCCCGGGGGGUCACGGCAGCUCCGCCCCAGCCCGCACACACGCAGGCCGCCCGCCGGCUGCGGCUCGGGUCGGGGGCAGGCAGAGAGCCACUCGCCGCAGGGCGCGGGGAAACGGGACGGGUCCCUUCCCCUCCUCGACACACAUCCCAUGCGGCCCCACCGCGCGCACGCACGCGGCCGCACGAGGCACCAAGCCGCGUACACGGGAUCCCCCCCGACGCCGGACGGCCCGGCCAGGCCCAGCGGGACCCUCCCCCGACUCAGAGAGGGGAGGCGCGGGCCGCGGUAGGCGAAAGAGCAGGCGCACGGCCCCCACCCGCGGGGAGCCGGCGGACCCCUUUCCCUCCCCGCCUUCCCCCACGGGAGGUCGGCGCGGGAGGGGGGGACUCUUGCCUACGCCGACAUAGCGGCGGGGUCAGUGGCUACAACGCACACAAGGCAGGGACGGCCAACGGGGACUCCGACACCCCACACGAGGCACGCCCCUUCACCGAUCGCUAG